AUGCUGCGCCUUCGAAAUAGCCUCUUCCCUCUGCUCCGCGCCGCCUCCCCACUACCCUCCCCCAUCCACCGCCGCGCGUGCCGCCUCCUGUCCAACUCCACCUCCACCGCCAUCACCCCCGCGCCCUUCUCCCUCGAGGACUACCUCGUCGCGUCCUGCGGCCUCGACCCAGCCCAAGCCCGCGAGGUGUCCAAGAAGGCGUUCCACGAGUUAUCCAGAGCAGGCAGGAGACCAUCGGAUGAGCUCUCCUCCUCCCGCAUCAACUCCGCCUCCAACCCCGAUGCUAUCCUCGCCCUGCUCUCCGGCGCCGGCCUCUCCCGCGACGACAUCGCAGCCGUCGUCUCCGCGGACCCGCUGAUCCUCCGCGCCUCCGUGAAGAACAUCGCCCCCCGCCUCCUUGCUCUCCAAGACCGGCUCGGUCUGUCCACUCCCCAGAUCGCUCGCUUCCUCCUGGUCGGCUCACGAGGUCUCCGCGACUGCGACGUCAUUCCCAGGCUCGAGUUCUUCAUCUCCUUCUAUGGCUCGUUUGAGCAGGUGCUGGUGGCCGUAAAGAGGUGCAUGACCCUCCUCACUGCGAGCCCUGAGAGGUUAAUCAAGCCUAACAUCGCUUUGUUACGUCAGUGGGGUGUUCAAAAUAUUGUUCAGCUUUGCACAGACAACGCGUGGGUGCUUACCUUCAAGCCCGAGCGCGUGAAGGAGUUCUUGCUGCGGGCAGAAGAACUUGGGGUGCCUCCUACCUCGCGGAUGUUCAGGCAUGCAGUGGCCACCAUCUCCCGUAAUUCCAAGGACAGGGUUGCCGCCAAGCUUGAGUUCUAUAAGAGGAUUCUUGGUGUUUCUGAAUCUGAGGUUUCCACUGCAGUGUCCAAGAUGCCAAAUAUACUAGGAUUCUCUGACGAAAUUCUUCUUCGCAAGAUUAAGUUCCUGGUCAAUGAGGCUGCAAUGGAGCCACGAUACAUUGUUGAAAGGCCUGUCAUGUUCGCAUUGAGCCUGGAGAAGCGGCUAGUGCCCAGGCAUUAUAUCAUGAAGGUCCUGCAGGAAAAGGGACUGUUGGAUAGCAAUAUGAGCUUUUACUCAGUAGUUGCUCUUGGAGAGGAUACUUUCAAAUCGAAGUUCAUCGACCGUCACAAGGACUCAGUUCCUGGCCUUGCAGAUACUUAUGCUGCAGCUCGUGCUGGCAUUGUACCGUCUAGAAUCUAA